AAUGACAGAAAGUGUUUGCUGCAUUUGCUGCUUCAAAGGUUAAGUUCUCAGCAAACAUUUACUCCAUUUACUGUUUAAGAAUGAUUAUUUAAAUGUGGACCAUUGGUAUUUUAUUAGAUGUAUUAAAACUAUGGCACAAUUUUCAAGUAAUGAGGCUGUGAGUCUAUCCAAAACUAUAAACAAUCACAAGCAGCUGGCAAACACACCCGAUGAACAUAUUUAUGAUUAUUAUGAUAUAAAGAAGUGUAUCUAUUGGAUACAGUCUAAUGAAUAUAAAAAGGUAUGUCUUCAAUUCCCAGACUACCUUCUUCCAGAUUCUCCAAAAGUAGCCAAUCAUUUACAAAAUGAGUUGCAACAAACAGUUUAUGUUUUAGGGGACACAGCUUAUGAAAGUUGUUGCAUAGAUUAUGUUGCUGCAGCACAUAUAGAUGCAGAUGCAGUUAUCCACUUUGGUCCAAUGUGCUUUUCACAACCAACAUGUUCAAUUCCUAGUUUAUUUAUUCAUGAAAAACACAAACUAAACAUCGAAGAGUUUUUGCAAAUAAUUAAUACAGAAUUCUCAUCAAUCACUGAUUGCAUUAUAGUAGUGAUUGAUUCUCCUUUGUUGCAUUUAAAAGAUAAUAUAUGUUUUAAUCAAAAUAAUAUAAUAGUUAAAUCAAUAACAGAUUCUGAUUUGAAUGUACAGGAAUCUACUGUUAUUUAUGUUGGAGAAAAUGAUAGGAAAUUAAUGAAUUUUAACUUUAUUCAUAAACCUAAACAAUUAUACUAUUACUAUAAUGGAAACUUAUCAUCCUAUGAUGCUGAUUUAAAAAUACUGAAGAGGCGUUACUUUUUGAUUGAGAAAAUCAAAGAUUCAGAGACAGUUGGUAUAAUUGUGGGCACAUUGGCAAUUAAAAAUUAUUUAAAGAUCAUUGAGAGAAUGAAGAAACUGUUGAAGUUGAAUGGCAAAAAGUUCUAUAUGAUUAGUGUUGGUAAACCAACAGUUGCAAAAUUGGCAAAUUUUCCAGAGAUGCAUGUCUAUAUUCUAAUUGGAUGCGCAAUGAAUGAGAUCUAUGAAAGCAGGGAUUUCUAUAGACCAAUUGUGACACCUUAUGAUGUUGAAGUUGCCUUAAAUUCAAAUGCAUCAACGGAUCUAAAAUUCAGUUACGAUUUUAACUCUUCCAUUGCACAUGAUUCUGAUAAUUUAGCAGCAACGGAUAAAAGCGACGUUAGUUUAAUCAGCGGCAAUAUUCGGUAUAACAGCGAAAUUAAGAUGAACGAGGAGAGUAGGUUGGUUCUUAAGGAGAGUUCUGGUGCGUUGAUUGAAUCGCAUGGAGCCGGAUUCUUAGCAAAUAGAAGUUGGACGGGGCUUGAGCAAAAUUUAGGACAAACUGAAGUUAUGUUAGCUGUAGAUGGUAGAAGUGGAAUAGCGCAAGGAUAUGCAAAUGAAUUAGAACUGUAAUUUGUUUUAAUAUAUUUA